AGUCAUGUGCUCGUAAGGCGCGCAUGGAUUGAGCCAAGCGGCGGGAUGGAGUCUCUGUGGUGUCCCGCGCUCGUCUUGGCCUUGGCCGGCUGCCUGUGCUGCUUCGCACCUGCCCGAGCCGACGGAAGCUUUGGUUGCCUGUUUGAAGAUGACCUUUGCCAAGCUUACGAGUUCUGUGUCAACGAUGGAGUAUUCGGGAGGUGUCAGGAGCUGGCUGGCGCAGACCUGAAUACGGAUGACGUGUCUUCCUCCGGCUUACUGCGUCUCAGGACUCUCUUGCAGAAACUGGCUCAUGGAGGUCUUGCGCGGCAGGACGACAUCACCCAGCAGGCCGUCUCCGGAGAGCUCCCCAAGCUGAGGAGCGGCGAUGCCCUCGGCCGUCAGGGAGCAUCGGAAGUGCACCUCGGGUCCUACGGCGGGACGGCGGGGAGGAAAGAGAGGCCCGGAGAGGCCGAGUUGAGCCGGGACCUUCAGCGCUUCCUGAAAGGUUCUGGUUUCCCGCCACGGCUGCAGCCCGGAGUCCAACAAGAGGCGGCUAGUAUUCGAAACGAAGGCGUAAGCGAUUAUGACCAGCGCCCUCCGCCAAAGUCAGCUUGGAAGGAGACCAGCGUCUACAGUCUGCAGAAGGCAGCCAACCAAGCCCCAAUCACCAAGAUCUUCUCUCAGAGCGGCGAGGGCAGGCACCCCGAGCUUAGCGCCUCCUACAGGCCCCUCUCCAACCCCCUGGGGCAGCUCCUCACACAAGGCGGACCAACAGGGUCCAAAGGGAAGCUCCGGUACCUUGGCUACGUGCGUCCGCCGCCAGAUGAGGUCCACCUGGCUUUUCGUCCCAAAUCUCCGAAAGCCAAGCCGGAUGGACUGUUGCUCAGGAGCGGGUCCGAGCGACCGACGGCCAAGAAGCCGCCUCAUUUCACCGACGAUCUUCUGAUCCAAGAUAUGGUCAACCGUUUGGGAGGACACGGUUUAAACAUGGAGCCUUGGAUGGCCAAAGACCUGGAGCAGCUGGCCAGCAUCAUCAGCGGCGCUCUGCGGGGAGCCCAGGCGGUGCAAGCCCAGGAGGGAGACGGCGAGCUUAGGGCUGACGGCGAGCUUAGGGCUGACGUGGAGCCCGACCAAGUCUUGAGCGUAAAAGCGGAGAAAGUCAACCGGAAAGACGCUUGGAAAGUUGGACAAGGCCAACGAGAAGAUGGCACGGCCAACAAGAACCCCGUUGACCAGCAUACGGCCAUUUUCUCCAAGCUCCUCAACUACCUCGACAAGAUGGGUGACUCCUCUGAGGUCCAACCUGCUCCCGCUGAAAAAGCGGCGGGCCUGGAGAGCGUCCGGAGCCGGACCUCGCAGUCCCAAGGCGCGGAAAAAAGCAAAGCGUCAGCUCCCAGCGAAGCCUCGGCCUCACGUCUGAGCGGCGGCGGCGGCGCGGCGGCCCUGCCUGACGCUUUGCAACAGGCGCACUCCCAGAUGGAGACGUGGAUGCGCAAGCCUGCCGCCAAUGACAUCAAAGUGAAAACUCAGCUGGUCCACGUCGCAGUCAAGGAGUUUUCCAGCAGAGGGAAGGACAGACAUUUUGGAUACAUCAUAACCGCCGGCUCGGACUCCCUCACCUCGGAGCAGGCGGUGGACCUGAUGGAACGGCUCACCCGGGAGCUGCACCUCCACGCCGCAGACCUCACGCAGCUAUCGGAGAGCAAGUCAGCCGCAGACUCCCGACCGUACAGCGGCCACGUUCUCGGCCCGGCGUUGACUUUCCGGGUGGGCCCAAACUCCGCCAAUGUAACCACAGCGGACCUGGUGACAAUUGCAGUCCGAGGGAAGAAGCAGCUGGAGAAGGAAACAGGCCUGAAGAUAGUGGAGGCUGGAGUCAGUGACAGGGGCAGCCUGAACCACAUCCCGGUGGUGAAAGAGACCCGGGUGGAGUCGGGUCAGCUGGUGGUUCUGUCGGUGCUGUGCGUGCUCUUCAUCCUGGUGGUGCUGGCCGUGUCGGCCAUCUUUUUCUGCGUUCGCCAGCGCUCCCACCUGCGCAUGAAGGAGAAACUCUCCGGUUUGGGCACUGACGCCAGCAGCGAUGCCACGGCAACCUAUCAGGAGCUGUGUCGCCAGCGCAUGGCCGUCCGGGCGUCGGAGCGUCCGGAGACCCUGCGCCACUCGCGCCUCAACAGCGUGUCGUCCCAGUUCAGCGACGGCCCCGGGGCCGGCAGCCCGUCCACGCGCAGCAGCACCUCCUCCUGGUGCGAGGAGCCCGUGCUGUCCAACAUGGACAUCUCCACAGGUCACAUGAUACUGUCGUACAUGGAGGACCACUUGAAGAACAAGAACCGUCUGGAGCGCGAGUGGGAGGCCCUGCGCUCGUACCAGGCGGAACCGGGCACCUGCAGCGUGGCGCGGAGCGAGCAGAGCACCGGGAAGAACCGCUCAGACGCCGUGCUAGCGUAUGAUCAUUCCAGAAUCACCUUGAAAGCUGACAAUAACCACAGCGGCUCCGAUUACAUCAACGCCAGUCCAAUCAUGGACCACGACCCCCGCAACCCCACUUACAUCGCCUCGCAGGGCCCGCUUCCCUCCACCGUGGCUGACUUUUGGCAGAUGGUGUGGGAGAGCGGCUGCGUGGUGGUGCUCAUGCUCACCCCCGUCUCGGAGAACGGCGUCAAGCAGUGUCACCGCUACUGGCCGGACGAAGGCUCCGACGUCUACCACUUCUACGAGGUCAACCUGGUUUCCGAGCACAUCUGGUGCGAGGACUUCCUGGUCCGAAGCUUCUACCUGAAGAACCUGCACACCAAUGAGACGCGCACCGUCACGCAGUUCCACUUCCUCUCCUGGAUGGAUCACGGCGUCCCCAGCUCGGCACGUAGCCUCUUGGACUUCCGCAGAAAGGUUAACAAGUGCUACCGAGGUCGAUCUUGCCCCAUUAUUGUUCACUGCAGCGACGGCGCUGGCAGGAGUGGCACUUACAUUCUGAUUGACAUGGUCCUCAACCGGAUGGCAAAAGGUGCUAAAGAGAUUGAUAUUGCCGCUAGCCUGGAGCACUUGAGAGACCAGAGAGCCGGAAUGGUCCACACAAAGGAGCAGUUUGAGUUUGCGCUGACGGCCGUGGCCGAGGAGGUGAACGCCAUCCUCAAAGCCAUGCCUCAAUGAGUUGACUGCUCUGCUCUGCUCUUAUUCAUCUGCUUCCUCAAGCUGUCUCUCUGUAGAUCUAGAUUCAUCAAUAUAUAUAUAGAUAUAGCUGAGCACUCUUAUUGGGUGUGCGGGCCGCAGUGGCCAAAGAUUGCGUUCAGGUACGGGCAGUCGGUCCGGGCUAGGAGGGGACGCUCGAGUAAUCAACGGUAGGGACCCGAAUGCAGCCUUUUCGUGCCACUGGCGAGCUUUGCCGUCAUGUCGAGUGAACACUUCCAGAGAUGUAAAGAAAUAUAUAUUUAAAAAGAAUCCAACAUAUACACUUGUAUGGAUAUGUACAGUUGACUAUACGGAUUGAAAUAUUGCGUCAUUAUUUUUGGAACAAUUCGAGCAAGCAAUUAGCAGGGAAGCGCCAAACAAGAACACAUCUCCCACCGACUCUUCUCCUCGUACGUAUAUUACGCCUUUCUUUUUCAAACCAUUUGACACUUAUGAGACCGCUCCUUGCCGAGCAUUGGCGUAAAUAUCGACGUGCUAAAAAGUCAACUCGCGAUACAACUGCAUCCGUCCGUCCGUCCGUCCGUCCGUCGCCGGUCGACACCGCGUGACCACCAAUAAGAACGAGAAGUCGCGUUUUGUCCUCUUAUGGCUACCAAGUGCUCUGCUAGUAACGUGCUUGUUGUAUUUCUGUAUUGCGGAUGCAUUGUGCUAUGCUGUGCAACAUGACAAUGAUAUGACGCUCUUGCUCUGCACUAACCUUCAUUGAUAGUAAAGGUCAAUUCAAAGCCAAA